AGCGAAUCAACAAAAGACUUGAGAUUCUGACAGUUAUAGCCUCAGUGGUUGGCAGUGUACUGCCUCCGAAUACUCAUUGUCUCUCUCGUCUUCCGAGUGGUAGCGGGUUAUUAUGGCUCGCGCGAGUGAGUCGGCACCAGCCAUCGAAAACGAGUCCCCGGCACCGGCACCGGCACGGAUUAGACGGAACACGGCUUGCGUUCGGUGCCGGGACGCCAAGGUAAAAUGCAACGCAAGUCUAAAUCCAAACCAGACCUGUUCGCGGUGCUCCAAGUCAGGCCUGCCUUGUGUCUUCGACAGAAACCACAAGAGAGCAAGUGGAAGAAGCAAACUGGAGGAACUCGCAGCCGAAGUUCGAAACAUCAAAGAAGCUGUGGGCCCAAGGGCACUCUCGGCUGCCAUGGCAACACCUCCCGUUCGGCAAGAACUACCAAGCCUGCCCCUUGCUGACUCCCAACCAUUCACAAACCAUCUUAUCCCGAGCUCCACUGUCUCCAAUGUUACAGCCUCCUUUACGGCUCCAGGGCUUGGGGGCUUCCUCCAGGUUCAGACGCCUUCUCUAACAACAUAUACGACUCCAUCACCGCCAAGCGGACUGCCGGCUGAACCAAGAGCCCUAGGGUCAAGGGUGCUUCCCAGUGAAGACAUCGACUACUAUUUCACCAAAUACUUCGAUCAUUUCCAUCCGCAUCUUCCAGUAGUUCGGACUCGAGAUCCCAAUGCCUGCUACAAAUCUGGACCCCUGCUUUUCUGGGCCAUAAUUGUCACUGCGUGCCGUAGGUACGCAAGAGACGAGGGCAUCUUCCAGUUUCUCGUCGACUCGAUAUCAUCAGAGGUCUGGGCUGCAGCAGCUCAACCUCCCCUCCGACCACCAACUAUCAGUGCACUCCUCCUCUUGGUUACAUGGCCUCUACCGACCAUUCGGUUCAUAUCAGACCCAUCGAAUAUAUAUGCGGGUAUUGCUCUUAACUCGUGCCUUACAAUUGGGUUACAAACCGGAAAGGGUUGUCGUCCCGAGUUCUGUGGCCCCCUAUACCGGCUCGAGACGACCGACGAGGAGGCCACAUACACCUGGGCGGCCUGUAAUAUCCUUUGUCAACGCAUUUCGUCAUAUAUAGGUUACCCCUCAACGGCGUCUUUGUUUGGCAAGUCGAUAGACAGGGUGCUAGACGGCACGAUAUCUUGGACUGUCCCACGCAGCUUUAUCAUCCAACUGGAGACGGCACGCUUCUCCAACAGGCUAAGCAAAACUGUAGCUGCUUGUCUGGAAGAGGCACCCGGAGUUUCCCAUCAUCUGGUUGCUCAGAUGGAAGAAGAGUUUGCUAAGCUUCAGAAGUUCUCGUACCCCGAUAAUGCAGAUCAGGACAACUUUACCCUGCUGCUGACGCUCCUGGAUCUGCAAAUAUACUACUUGAUGCCCUUGCCAGGCUUCAGCGAGGAGAUCUUGAAGCGCAACGUCUUGAGAUGCUACAACACGGCACAAAGUCUCGUCAGAUUGGCACUCAAGCUGCAGCGAGACACGGCUUUUCUCACACACGCGCCACACUUCGUCUUUAGGGCAUUGCUUGCCGCGUCCUGCGUUUUUCUGACCUUUCAACUGUCUUCUUAUGCCCUUGCCUUCGAGGGCGACUCGGGGGAGGCAUUGAUUGGCGAUGCACUGGCUGCCAUGAGGGCCUGCUCCGUUCAAGAGGGGGACCUGCCAGUGAGAGCAUCAAACAUGAUGGAGAAGUAUUGGAGCGUCCGACACCGCAUCCCAAAAUCCGAUGAUUGGAAAUCCGGUCCCUCGUGCUUUGCGCACCGCCUGGGGGCGAGUAUUGCAUUCGAUUGCCUUCGGAAGUGGAAAAAGGAACUCGAGCAGGUGCGCAGUAGUGCAUCCAAUCUCCCGGAGCAAGGACCAGGCCUGCCUGAAGCUGACGCAACGACCUUUGCAGAAGGGCCACAAGCAAGCCUGGGUACUGCUGAGGAGGGGUUGAACGAUAACCUUCAGCAACUUGACUGGAAUGCAUUCAUGGACGACUUCGACUGGAGUUUUACCUCCAACUACCUCAAUGUUUCAUGA